CUCUUACGUUACGCCUAUGGUUACUUUUAAGGUACUUAUUGUACGCAUUAUAAUCUGAUCCUUGCUUAUUGAUUUUCUUUGCAUUUAUAUUCAUAUGAAAUCCAUUUGAAUUAAUUCAACUUUUUAAAUGCGUUUUUAAUUUAUAUCAAAGAUGGAAAUGUUUUAUGUCUUUGCAUAUAUUUUUUUAUAAAUUAACUAGAGGUCUUUUUAAAUUUACGCGGCUGCCAUGACAGUUGAAGACGGCAUACCCGGCAAAGCAACUGGAUGAAAUUUUAGCGUCUAUUACAUGUUCGAUUGAACGAUAUUACCCACAAAAUGAUAUACUACCUACAUCAAAAUAUUCCCAAGGAAUCGCAGAUUAGUUUGCUGCUAUCUUAUUUUAUGUUUGUUUUUGUACAAGACAAAUAUUCCCUUUGAAAGUAUGCGAAUAUAUACCAAAACAUGUGUCCCGUAUGUCGAUUGCUUUCUGUAGUUGUCGUUCUUUGAGCGGGAACCAAUGGCAUUACUCGGUUUUACACUCGUGACUUUUACCCGCCAAUAAUAACCGCGGGAUUUGAAUCCCUGGUCCUUCCUUAUACACAAGUAAUAACUUUUGUGUGCGUUUGGUUGAGAAUACUGUGGCUGUCAGUGUAAAAUAGUAUAAUUAGUGAAAAUUAAUGAAAAUACACGAGGACAUCGCCGUUUUUCCUUAGGAAACAAAUUAGUAAAAUUUUCAAAAUGUCAGCAGCAAUGGAUAUGUACUUAACAGGCACCGAUUCGAUUUCUCUUCAAGAAAUGUUAGAUAUAGACAUAAAAUCCGAAAUAGAUGUUUUGGUUGGAGGUCACAAUGAUUUGCCACCGUUUAAUUUUUCGGAGCUUCCCCCAUUAGAAUUAGAAGAAGCAGGUGACAUUCGGUGGAUAUCUUCGUCCAAUUCGAACCAUUCCAAUUCAAGUUUCACACUAGACUUUAGUGGCGAUUACGCUUCAACGAUGGUGAACCCUAAUGCGGUUAUGCCAUUCACUUCAACGAUAUCUUUAGCUCAAAACAUAAGAUCGCCAUCACCAACCCUUAAAGAAAGUCAUUUAACAUUUUCUCCGUCUGUAAUAAAAAUAGGUAACAUUAAAGCCGACACGUCGACAGUAAAAAAAGAUCUCUUAGGAAAAUUGAAUAACAUGGACAUGAAGAAACGGGUAGAUCCAGAACCAAUAAUAAAAAUUGCAUGUGUUCCUUCGAAGCAGAUCGAAAAGCCAACAACUGUUAGGACAAACAACACCAGUUCGAUCUUAACGUUUCGUAAUACUAUGCCAUCAGUCGUCAGCAUAUCGCAAGUUCACAAUACCAUAAAAGCAGUGACAACUAAUCGCAAACAAACCAUCGUAAAUACAAAUAGUAACGAUAGGUUCUUUAGCGGAGACAGGACGUAUCCUAAGCCUGCUUACAGUUACAGUUGUUUGAUUGCUAUGGCAUUAAAAAAUAGUAGAACAGGAAGUCUGCCCGUUUCCGAAAUUUACAAUUUCAUGUGCAGACAUUUUCCGUAUUUUAAAACUGCUCCCAAUGGCUGGAAAAAUUCUGUACGACAUAAUCUGUCGCUCAAUAAAUGUUUCGAGAAGAUAGAAAAACCGGCAAUCAAUGGAUCGCAACGUAAGGGAUGCCUGUGGGCCAUGAAUCCUACUAAAAUUAGUAAGAUGGACGAAGAGAUGCAAAAGUGGUCCAAAAAGGAUCCAUCAGCCAUAAGAAGGGCUAUGACUCAUCCAGAAAAUAUGGAGGCUUUGGAAAGAGGUGAACUGAAGUUUACAUACAAAGAGGCAGACAAUUAUGACAACUUUGGAGAUUCAUGCGGUAGUGCCGAAAGUGAAGAGGGUUCAGACACAGAACCCGAAAACGAAUUGGAAAAUAACAUUGAAACUGAAUUUAUUGAAGUUAAAUCGGAAAGUGAUUACGAAGUUGAGACAGCUGACGUUGUGUUCGAAGAAGACGACGAAGAAAUUUUGCAGAUGGAGAUGGUGCUCGCACAAAAAGAACUUUUCCAAUACGACCGUAAUUCGAAUAACAAUAAGAGGAGAAGAAUGUACAUAAUUCAAAAGUGAGCUGUGACUUGUCCCUCAUACUAGUUGUAAGUCUUAACUAAGUAAACGUAUGUAUGGAAAGACCAGGCAGAAAGAGUUAAUAAUCCGUUUUUCUUCAAUUUCUAUAUAAUCACGAAAAAUAAGACUGACGCUAAUAAUACAAUAGUAUCUGUAAUGUAACAUCUUCUUUUUCGAUGAGAAAGCUAAAAAUGCCGUGGCCGACAUUGUCUGAAGAAGGCUCGAUAUUCGGUUAGGACUGAGACACUAAACCAGUCUCAGCACUGUUGUGCAGCUGGCGAAACAUAAGAUAAACGACUCCUGGAAGCCCGAAUACUGAGCCCUCUUCAUCUUUCUUUUUUACAAUUAUCUAAAUGAAAGUGAAGUUGAUUUAUUUGUGCGUCUCUUGUGUUCAUGUUUCGAUUGAUUUCUUGUACAGGUACGGAAUGAUACAGAAACUGAAACAAGGUAAAAGUGGUAAUUGUGUAAAUGGAAAGCUUGUUUAAGUUCGCUAAUAACUAUGUUUGCAAAGGUAAAUAGCCUGAAUGCUUUCUUUUUCAAGCAGAAGCAAUGAAAUUAACCUUUAGAUACUUAUGUGUUUUAGUUCAUAAAAAGGCCAAGUUAAUUUUAAAUUUUACGUUUCGCUGUUGUAAUUAAAAAAUAAAUAGUAAAGUAUACCCAAUAAUAGCAUUUUUCAGUAAAAAGGACACUUUUAUAACCUUGAGCUCAUGUUUAGGGUUAAGGCUAAUAUUGGGUAUAAUAUACUUGUACUUGCCCUCUCAAAAAAAUAUGUAUAAAUAUUUUGAAUUUGAGUUGUAUAAAUAAAAUUAAAAUUGGCAACCACUUAUAAGGUAUAAGAAAAACAAUUAAUUUUGUAAAGGUUACACUUUUUACUAUUCUUUAUGGAAUUAAUUUUUUUGUUUUUUUUUCUGUUAAAAGGUUAAAGCUUUUUUACGGAAAACAGAAUUAAUUGUAAUUUUUGUAGUUGUCAUUGCUUGAAAAAGAAAGUAAUUCUAGUUAUUUGCUCAUUUCAUUUUCAAUGGUAGCUUCAAAGUUGGUCUUGUCUAAAUAAGUAAUAUAAAAUAAUAAUUUGAUAUUGCGUUGAUUUUAUAUAAUAGAAUACACUUAAGAACUUUUUACUUGUAAAUGCAAUAAUUGUUUUAUUUUAUGUAUGCCUAAAUGUCUAUACUUCUCUUUUUUGCUAUUUUUAUGUUUUUAAUUUUUAUUUUUCAAUAUUUUCAGCGAUGUGAAUAUAUGUAAAUAGAAUUAUAAACAUUUUUAUUGGAUACUUUUAUUCUGUCGUGUUGUUUUUAAAGAAAAACUGUCGAUAGAAAAUGUGUACAAAUAAGUUACAACUUUUUUUAUACUUUGUUUUUCAUGUAUCUAUUGUGUAAGUCGAUGUACAAACAUUUUUAAAUUUAAAUU